CGCCCGGGCGAUGGCCCCAUGCAGCCGCCGCCAGCUCAUGAGGGGAGAGCGGGGGGGAAAGGGGAAGGGCGGAGCGGCCCGAGGCGCUGGGGGUUCCCGUCGGCCCCUGCUGACGUCACGCGGGGCGGCCAGGCGGGAAGCGGCGCCGCUGGGUUGUCCCCAAGAGGCAGCGCUACGUCCCCUCACACAGAGCACAAUGGCAGCGGUGUGGAGAGCGCUGAGCGCCCUGCGGCCCCACGCCGUGCCCCGCUCCCUGCACACCGCCUGCAGCCUCCACAACUCCAACCGCACCUCCGUCACCCACCUCCGCCGCCAGGUGUACGGCCGCCUCUACCCGCUGCUCCUGGUCCGCACCGACGGCUCCACCGUCCACAUCCGCUACAAGGAGCCCAAGAAGAUCCUCAUGCUGCCCGUGGACAGCAGCACGCUGCCCGAGGCGGAGCGCAAGGCCCGGCUGCGGCGGCAGUUCCCCAGCAAGCUCCGAGCCAGGCAGGAGGAGGCCCUGGAGGAGCUGGACUUGGAGAAAUACAAGAAAUUUUGGAAGAAGUGAGAGACGCGGGUUUGGGCUCACCCCACCAAGAUCCCCUACCGAGCAGUGGCUGACGGACUGUGAUGUCACCACCGCAGAAAUAAAGAGAAAAACGAUUUUGUUGAGAGUUUA